AUGGAGAGAACCGGCAUCAUCACACGAUUGCGACGAUUAGGCAUUUCAUCGCUUUUCGCUCUGUUCUCUGGGGGAGCCAUUCUAACCUUGGUGGCUGUGAACGGCCUCGUCUCACCAGAUGGCGCCUUCGAUAAUCCUGCCAAAAACGAGCAGGAGUCUCGCUUCUAUUUCGGUGCCAAUUACCACCUUCAAGUAUGGUUAGCCAUUGUCGGCGUCGCCUUCGGGCUUCUCUCCUAUGGCUUUGGGGAGGCAUAUGUCCACCUUUUCGACUGGUGGUGUAGUCGCCAGGCAAUGAAGGAUGCUGGCCUCGACUAUGGUCGCUAUCUCAAUUCUCAGCCGCGUGCGCCCGUUGUCUACGGGCUGAGGGGCUUCCCGGCCUUUACGACUCUCCGUUACUUCAUCGUUCUGGCCUCAGUUGCUGCCUCCAUCGGCUACAAGUUUGGUAUCAUCAACGUGACCACCUACGCCUAUGAUCAAGUCGAACCCCGUCUAUUUGAGCUGCGGCUAUCACCAAGUAGGGGACUAGGAACUGAUGGAACUCCCAGUCCGUGGUUCAGUGACGCGCCGUUAGGAUCGAAUAAUCAAGCCUUCCAGCAUGAGAUCGUUUAUUUCAACCGAAGUGCCACAUCCUCGCAAACAGACGCAGCCGGGAUGGAGCCGCCGUUGAGCAUUGUCAUGGCCGGGUGGGCCAGAUGCAGUAGUAUACUAUUCAACAGGGUUGAUUCAGGAUACAUCUACUCCAGGGAGGUCGUCAUGGUGGCCAAUCUAACAGAAGAGGAGGGCGAUUCCUUCAUGGGGGCCAACGACAAGGGUUGGAUAAGGCAAAGAACAUCAUCAUGGCGCUGGUUCAGCGACCCUCCUCGGCCAGCAGUAGUGGAGUAUCGGAUCGUGAAACCGGGGCAGAUUCAAAUUCAGUGGGCGAGACUUGGGACCUGGUUCAGUGAUCCCACAUCGACCAUCCGCGCAAAGGUGCAGCGCCGCCUCUCGUACAACAUCCGAUAUGCCGUCGCCGAGGUCAGUCGCAUCGUAUCUGGCAGUUCGUGCUCCGGAUUGAGCGACUCCAGAGGAGGAAUCGACCUGGUCCGUAUCUUCUCUGUCGAUGAGGAGGUCCCGCAGACCGAACAUAGUGACGGAUCGCUACCGCUGUUUCGCAACUGGGUGGAUGCCAUCAUCUACAGCGAGGAAGCAACGGUAUGCGAGGGCGUCGGGGCCUUUGUCCGUGCAGUAAUGGCAGGAUGGGCGUCUGAAGGCCUCAGUGUAAUCGGUGGUCCUAAAAUUCGUCAUCUUCGCAACGAUGAGGAGCCUUUUGGCACAGAAAACCGGGCGGUCAGCUGGCGCUCGAGGUCUGCCAACUUUAUGGACUAUCCGUUCUACGCUGGCACGAGAACAGGGGAAUAUAGAGGAUGCCGCACUCCUGCUGCCAUCGUGUUCCUGGUUCUAGGCGUUCUGGCGAUUGCCGUUGCCGUCGCUCGCGUCUUUGUCGGCCCUCCAGUACUGACUUCUUGGACGGCGCAGCAUGUAUAUCUUGUCAAAAUGGGCGCUUUGUCAUUUGAAGAGAAGAUUGAGGAGUUGGAAACGGGGUACAAGGCUGCCAAUGUUCGCCUCGGCAAGUUGAGACUGAAAACAGGAACAAAUGAGGAUACGAAGCCGUUGACUUCAGAAUAUCACAAAGUUGGUGUUUGA